UCUACAGGCAUACACGGUCUACCUUAUAGGAUGUUGCAAUGCGAUGGAAGAUGUGAACUACAUGUUAGAGCUCAACAUUCCAGCAAACAUGCUAGCCAUUUUAAAGAAACUUCCAUAUACAGUAGGCUGAGGGACUUAUGGAGAACUGUAGCAUGUGACAUCCAGCAAAAACACCACCUCCUGAAGCUGCCUUCAAGAAUAUUGUGGAAUUCCUUGAAAGGCAAGUAAAGAUUGCUACAGAUCCCAUAUUUGGGGACAUUAAAGAUCCCCCUCCCGUACGCAAAGACAUAAGAAGGCCACAGCCUCAUCCAAGUGGAAGCAUCUUUGCAACCAACGUGGAAGUUACAGAAAAUAAAUAUGACGGAAGCACUGUAGAAAACUGCUUGUAUUGUAGAUGUGAACAUGCUCUGGAGAUGUGUCCACAGUUAGGAAGGAGGACACAUCAUGAAAAAAAUCACAUUUCUUAAAGAAAAUGGUAUUUGUUUUGGCUGCCUGUGUAAAGGACACAUAAGUAGAGACUGCAGGAAACGAAUGAGGUGCAACAUAUGCAAUCUAAAUCAUGCCAGAAUGUUGCACAUCUACCAACAAAGGAAGGAAAUGGAAAAUGAGCAGGAGGAAAUGGAAGAAGCAUCUGCAAACAGUGCUGAAGCCUCAAUUCAGACAGGUGGCCUUACUGGGGCCGGUGAAGAUGGUUGCAAACUCUCCAUAGUAGCAGUCCAAGUUAAAGCCAAAAAGGGGAACACAACAGUGCAUGCAUUUCUUGACCCAGGCAGUACUGCUUCGUUUUGCACAUUAGGCCUUAUGAACAAACUUAACCUCCAAGGAAGAAGGUCAAACAUUCUGCUGAGAACUAUGGGUCAAAGGAAGGUUGUUGAAACCAGCAUUGUGUCAGGCCUAGAGGUUGCUGGACUGCAUAACAGCAACUUUUGUGAUCUCCCCGGCAUAUACACUCAGAAGACUAUGCCCGUGCACAAAGGAAACAUCCCACGUCAAACCGACAUCAAUCAAUGGUUGCAUUUGAGGGAUGUUUGUCUACCUGAAAUUGAUGCUGAAAUUGAGUUGCUGAUUGGUUCAAAAUGUUCCAAAAGCCCUUUAACCAAUUGAUGUAAUCAGGAGUGUGGGGGAUGGACCUUAUGCUGUAAAAACCAUGCUCGGUUUGACAGUUAAUGGACCAUUAGGAGGAUGUCCUGAUGAUACUCGGGACAAAACUUCAUUAAGUGUAAACAUGGCCGAAGCGCUGGUCUUAUCUGCUUUUAGCGGAGAGGAGAUGGACACUGAAAAGGCAGAAAAGAAGGGUGAUAGGAAAGAGAAAGGGGCCCAGAAGAGCAAGAGAAUUAUCCGUGCUCCCAUUGACAGUGAAGACAGUGAGCCCGAGCAAGAGAAAGGUGGAGAAAUGGAGGAGGAACAAAAGAAGGAGGUGAGGAAGGAAGCAAAAUCGAUGAAGGAACAUAAGAAGAGAGAGAAGAGUCAGAGGCACAGGGAGAAAAAGGAAAAGGGCAGCAAGGCGGUGGAAAAAGUGAAGAAGAAGAAGGAGCGGUUCUCUGAAAUAAAUGAGAACGCACCUCUCCCUCGGGGUCUGAACGAUAGUGGCUGUCUGCUGGGCGACACGGAUCUGUUUGACACGGGGCUGGACGAUGAUGAGGAGGAAGAGUCUCUGGAGGCCAUCAGAGCUGCUGUCAAGCAAAAAAUGAAAAAACAAAAGGAUCCUCUCCUGGGUGAUGGAGAGGAGGAAGAUGAAUAUGAAAUGGAGAAACCUCAGCGUGUGGAGAGGAAAGCCGCACGCGCCAGCAGAGAUGCGAUGAAGCAGCUCCACAGCGAGUCCCAGAGGCUGGUCCGAGAGUCUACGCUUGGCCUCCCCUAUCACAUCCCGGAGCCCAAGACCAUCGACCAGUUCUUCAAGAAGAGGGCCAGGCCAGAGGGUCCCGCCAUGAGACUGUUAAAAUCUACCAAAUUUUCAGCCAGGAUGUUGGAGACGCCAUCAGCUCCCCCUCCUCCUCCUCCUCCUCCUCCCAUCAUCGCUCCCAGUGAGCAGGACUCUCCUCCGUCUCUCGAUACGUCGUCCACUCAGAUCCAGUCCAUCCCUCAUCCUGCCGCCACCUCGUCCCCGCAGCAGGAGAGCCUCAGCCCAGCCAGAGAGGCAGCAGCAAGCCUCGACCCCGACCAGGACUCUGGACCCAUGCUGUACCUCUCUGAGAAUCUGCAGGAGUCAGAGGGAACAGACGCACAGAGACGUGCCUCUGGUUCUGGGGAAGCUUGUCCCGCAGAGCAAAGCCAGAAUGCGGUGAUGUCCGACGCCCCUCAGAGAGAGUCUGGGGCUGUGGUGGAGCCUUUCAACGCUCAUUGUGCUGAUUCUGCUGUUAAAGAGCCUUCAGUACGGCAACCCACCAAACCCAAGAAGGACACAUUUGCCUUACUGAAGAAGUUGGGACUGAACCCUCCACCCGUCGCUAAGCUGUGUGCAGAUGAAGGAGCCUUUGUUCAGCUCGAGCCUCCGCAGCUCAACUCUGGGGUUGAGGCACUGAAGGAGCGUUACUUUCGUCACUCCAAAAAGCACGUACGGCCUCAAGGAGAACGAACGAUGCAGCUCACCAUCGUCCGCAAAGACAGCGCCCCCUCUGGACAGGAGGAGCUGCACACUGAGUCGCUCUCUGUCACAGUUAAAGAGGGAGCAGAGGAGCCUCCGACCACCAAACCAGGGGAGAAGCUGCUGACUCUGAAGCAGCGCCUGCAGCUCGCCAUGGCCCAGAGGAGACAGGAGGACAGGGAACGCAAGGCUGAGCUGAAUCGCCUCGACAAUGAGGAAUUUGGAGAGGAUGAAGAGGAGGAGGAGGAAGAAGAAGAAGACAUGACGGAUGAGUCUGAGGCAGAAGAGAAUGUAAAUGAUUUACUGGGAGGGGAUGAUGGUGAGGAAGGAGAGAAGGAACAUGAAGACGAGGAAGGCAGUGUGACCCGGAGUAUUAGAAGCCUGUCUCCUGUGGCUCUGAAUGGACCAUCGCCGGUUCCUGACAUGAUGAACAGGGACGGCACACUCCUGCUUUUCCCCGGGAACUCCUGCUCUCGCACAGGCGAUGGUUUAAGAAGGUCUGGUCCUUUUGGGCAGAACAGCUGCAGCAAUAAGAUGGAAGACGAAGACUCUCUGUCCCUGGUAAAGGACAACAGCAACAACAGCAGCUUUGAGCUGGCUGGCUCCAUGAUCACCUCGUACCAGCCUAUCAGCUAUCAGCGCUCUGCAGGGAAAAGCAUCUCCAACUGCUCCAUUUUCCGCUCCCCCUCUCGAUGCUCCUUCAGGCCCAGCUUCCUCGGCUCUGCCUCUAGGAGUUCAGGCAAACUCUCUGAGCCCUCCCUCUCCCUCCCGGUUGAGGACUCCCAGGACUUGUAUGCCCCUCCGUCCCCAGGAGCCGACUCAGGGCCCCACGGCAGAGCGGCUUCGGGCCCCGGAGGAGACUCCCAGGGUCGCUUCUCCCUGGAGGAGGACACCCACUCGCAGUUACUGGAUGCAGACGGCUUCCUGAACGUGGGGCCGCGCCCUGGUGCCCCCCGCUCCCACAAGAGACAGUUGAUCCUGGACAGCCUGGAUGAAAACGCCAUGGACGCUAACAUGGGGGAGCUGAUGGGCAUGUGCUCGGGAGUUUUCGCAAUGGCAGACAGCGGCUCCUGCAGGGCUGAGGGCCUCGGAGCCACGCAGCAGGGAGAGCUGCUCGGGAUGUGCUCCGGAGCGUUCCCACCAACACAGGCAGGAGAGGACAGAAGGGCACGUGACCACGAUGAAGAGUCUGAUAACACCAUGGAUCAGCUGCUGGGGCUCUGCUCAGGGAAAUUCCCCAGUCAAGGUUCUGCUCGCACGGCUUCGCCAGCACAAGACAGUAAAAAGAAGCCAGAUGGAGAGGAGGAGGAGGAGGAGGAAGAAGAGGAAGAGGACUGCGAGUUCCGGCUUCUGUCAGAUGUGGAAAGUCACAGCGAACAGGAGGAGGAGGAUGAUGAUGGUGGAGUGGAAAAAGAGGAGGAAGAUGGAGAGGAGGCUGAUGAAGAUGCUGGUGAGGAUGAUGAUGUAGAAGAGGAGGAGAUGCAAGCUGUCUUCGCACCACUCAGAGUCAAGAAAAAGAAGAAAAUGCAUAUGGCCGACUACCUGGAGGCAGAGGCCGAGCUGUCCGGCAGCGACAUGGACAGUGACGAUGAGGACGGCGACGGAGGAAGCGAAUACGAGGAAGAGGAGCUUCUCGAGGAUCUUCCCUCUGAUGAAGAGCUGCAGGACCAGGUCAACAAGAUCCACAUGAAGCAGAUCAUGGAUGAUGACAAGCGCCAGCUGAGGAUCUACCAGGAGCGUUACCUCGCUGACGGCGACCUUCACUCCGACGCCCCCGGGCGAGCUCGCCAGUUCCGCUGGAAAAACAUGGACGAUGGUUUCAACAUGGACAGGACGGGAGCCGAGGGGGAGGAAGGGGAGGAUGAUGAGGAUGAGGUGGACCCAGCUGAGAUCCAAAGGAGGAAGGACUGGCUGGAGAAAGAACAGUGGCUCAGAGAACAGUCUGAGCAGAAAGCCAAGAAAGGGGAGGAUUUGGAUGCAGACGAUGAGAAGAUUGGAGAACAAGAAGACAGUCAGUUUAUGAAGCUGGCCAAGAAAGUGACUGCCAAGACUCUGCAGAGGAAAGAGUCCAGUGCGGCAUCACAACCAACGAAGAAGACGACAUCAGCUCUGAACCCCUUCCAGAGACUCUCGCAGCCCUCACAGGUAAAGAGAGGGUCCCUGCUGAGUCAGCCCCAGUCCGUCCUCCAGAAGCUGGCAUGCAUCUCAGACGGGAAUCCUCUGGCUCCCAGAAACAGCCGAGGAUUCCUGUUCCAAACUGUGUCUCCUGAGAAGGACAAGUCCACCUCCAACGCUGCCAACAAACAGGUGACGAAGAAGAGGAGGCCGGUGGAAGCGGUGACCCCCACAGCCAAGAGGCCCUGCAGAGAGAACAGACCUGCAGCACAGACCAAAGCCCCCCAGAGGAGCAUCUUCAGCUUCCUGGACCACUGAGGGAGCAACACUAACUGAGAGCCGUCGGAUAAAGACCAGAACAGACCAGCCACAUCCAGUAUUUCACAAGCCAUUAAGAUUUCAAAAAUGAACAAUGGUUAAAUUAUGGUUGCGUGCAAAGCUGGUGGACAUCCUCUUAAUGAAACACAAAUACAGAUGAUUGUGCUUCACAUGUUUACAUUGCUUUAAAACGGCAAACUAAAGCACACCACUGAGGCAUCUCUUGAUGUUUUACUUCUUACACACACACACACACUUGCUGUCCGGUUCGUGUGGGAAUCUUAAAUCAAUUAUCAGAAGCGUCCAUCGGUCACACCUUUCUUGACUUGGACUUUCUGAUGGAGGUCCGAUUUGAAUAGUUUUAUCAUGUAAAUAGGAUUGAUUUGUUUUUUUAGCGAGAUUUUGUAUGAUGGUUUAAAUGUAUUUGUUUUACAUUGUAAAUAAAAUUGUAUUUUAAG